AUGCAACAAAUGCUCGAAAAAAUGUCAGAAAUGAAUUCUAAGAUCCUUGAGCACGAUCAAAAAAUUGACCAACUUACCAGCCAGUUGGAAAUGGUGGUUGCUAGCUUGCAUCAACUACAGCAAGCUAGAAUAACUGUUAUUUCCACUGAACAAGAGCUUGAAAGUUGGCCACUGAGUAAGCAAUAUGAUUACUCUAAAACCUUUAAGGAUGAGGCCAACAAGGCACCCCAGGAUUCUUUGCGUAUGUUUGCGCAAAUGCAUGCCAGCCAAUAUCCUGUAUCUAAAAGAACUUUAGACAGGAUAUUGGCUGACAUGUUCUACAAUAAGAAAAAAGAAUUAAAAAUGUCAGCAACCAAAAAAGCAGAAAGAAAUGCCAAGCGUAAGGCCUAUAAUAGAAAAAUAGCCAAACUUGCUAACAGAAAAUCAGUCAUUGAGGACAACCCAGGCGAUUACAACGACAUAAAAUAUCCUGGCCUCAAUGACCUGAUGGUUGCUGGCUGGAUGUCGGAAGAAGAAGAGACGGAAGAAAAGGACCUUAAUGAUAAUGAAAUCAUUAAGGUCCUUCGUCCAUCAUUCAGGAGCAAAAAGUUUACUGAAUUGAUGGACAAACUUGACUUCGAGUGGAUUUCUCCACUCGAACCUGCUUUAAAAAAAAGAAGAAGCAAUCGUUCUGUCAGGCAAUAUGUCUUGAAAAAUAUACCCUUCCCCAGCCAUCUAAACAAAGAUGAUUUCCCUGGCUGGGCAUUCAAUUAA